UGGGGCGUGUAUGCGGCGGCUCCUGCUGCCGGGGAAACGGAGUUCCGAGGGUGUGCAGAUUUGUGCCGGUGGAGUAGAAACUCCCGCCAUUUCGACACGGAAUUUAUCCCCUGAUUGAUUCAGGUUACUUUUUAUGAAUACUUGAUUACGCAGUUAUCUAAAGUAAAGUUCGCCAGUACGUCAUCUCAGUGAAGGCAAUUCACGAAACGAGAAGAAGCCUAAUUCGCCAACACUUGGAUUGUACAGCGCGCGCCAGACCAACUGAGCCGAGGCGAGCUGUGGCCGCGAGUUUCACUUCGGUGUGGGUUGCAUCCCUUUCUGUUCAUUCGGAGGAGCUAAAAGUUCAACGACUUGUCCCAAGAGAAACCUCCCGUAACCCUCUUGGACAUUGCGUAAGGCCAACAUGACAGCGCUACAAAAGGAAAGAAGAAAGGUGCGAUGAGGCGGGUGACGAGACGCGCACUGUUAUUGUUUUGCAACGAGAUAGCAAUACAGCCUAGUAGCUAAUAGCUAGCUGCUACACGUUGAGUGCCGGGCCUGCCGGGUAACGGGAGUCGCUCUAAGAUAUUUCGAGACAGUUGGAUACAUGCCAAGGUCAUAUUGUUGUACAGUAUUGUACUAGUUUGUUGCUAGAGGAUCGGAUUUUUCCACUGGCACCAGUGCCAUCUUUGGAUUUGAAAUGGCACCACUUUUAGGCCGGAAACCUUACCCACUGGCUAAGCCGCUAGCCGAGCCACCAGGCCCGGGAGAAGAGGUCUACAUCAUCGAGCACACCAAGGAGGCCUUCAGGAACAAAGACGAGUAUGAGGCACGUUUGCAGAGGUAUAGCGAGCGUAUCUGGACAUGCAAGAGCACUGGAAGCAGUCAGCUGACCCACAAAGAAGCAUGGGAGGAGGAACAAGAAGUCACAGAACUCCUUCAGGAGGAGUAUCCACAGUGGUUUGAGAAGCCUGUCCUGGAAAUGGUCCAUCACAACACGGUGUCUUUGGACAAAUUGGUUGAAAUGGCGUGGGUGGAAAUCCUUACCAAGUAUGCUGUCGGUGAAGAGUGUGACUUCUUGAUUGGGAAGGACAAAACUCUUCCAGUAAAGGUGUUGAAGAUUCAUCCUUUAGAAAACCCAGAAAGUGAGACAGCGGAGAAAAAGCUUGAAGGUGCUUGUGACUCUCCAUCCAGUGACAAGGAGAACGCAAGUCAAGAGAACCAGGGAAAAGAGCCUCCUCCCCAUGAGGAGGAGAACAGGAGGGAGAGUCUCAGUGACAGGGCCCGACGCUCUCCAAGGAAACUCCCAACUGCAAUGAAGGAAGAGAAAAAGAGAUGGGCAAUGCCCAAAUUCCUCCCUCAUAAGUACGAUGUGAAGCUUAUCAAUGAAGAUAAGGUGAUCAGCAGUGUCCCAGCAGACAGUCUUUACAGAACAGAGCGGCCUCCAACCAAGGAGAUUAUGCGCUAUUUCAUCAGGCACUAUGCUCUAAGACUAGGCAUGGGCGAGAGUGCCCCUUGGGUGGUUGAAGAUGAACUGGUGAAAAAGUUUAACCUGCCCAGUAAAUUCAGUGAUUUUCUUCUUGAUCCACACAAGUUUUUAGCAGAGAAUCCCUCCUCAAAGCGCAAGAGCUUGACCUCUCCAGAGGGUAAACCUAGCAAGAAGCUGAAGACCUCUGAUGCCACAUCAGAAGAUUCAGGGAAUGAGAAGGGAGAGAAGAAACAAAAAAAGCCACUUAGUCCCACCAUCUGGGGCCAUAUGCAGAAAAUAAAAAUUAAUGGUUCUCCACUCAAGGUUAAGAAUUCGGGGACCCCCAAGAAAGGAGAAGGCAAAACCUUGACGCCCUCCACUCCAAAAUCAGGCAAAAAGUCUGGAGAAAAGAAAGAAGGAAAGAAAACUGGAAAGACUGGUGAGAAGAAGCUUAAUGUGCUUAAAGCUUCUAAAAAGGAUAGUAAAGGUAAGACAUCAAAGAUGAAGCAGAUGACUCUGCUGCACCUGGCUAAGAGCCCACCUACUGGGAGCCCUAAGAAGAGAGCUCGUAGCACUGGAUUGGGCACACCUAAACUGGGGAAGCCGCUGCACCCAAUGGCUCUGCAUCUCCUUCGAUACUACAAGGAGAACAAAGGGAAGGAGGACAAAAAGAACGCCCUCUCCUCCCUCAUCUCAAAGGCAGCAAAAACCUUAUCCUCAGAUGAUCGUGGUCGCUUGCCAGAGGAGCUGAAAGACCUGGUGCAGAAACGGUGGGAGCUUCUGGAGCACAAGAAGCGAUGGGCAGCCAUGAGUGAGGAGGAGAGAAAGGAGGAGAUGAAGAAGAGACGCGAGGAACUCAAGGAGAAACUGCGAGAAAAAGCCAAGGAGAGACGCGAGAAGGAGAUGCUGGUACGCCGUGAACAGUCACGUAGAUAUGAGGACCAGGAGAUCCAAGGAGGCAAGACCCUGCCAACAUUUAAGCUUGUGGAUAUGCCCGAGGGGUUGCCUAAUACCCUGUUUGGUGACGUUGCCAUGGUCGUGGACUUCCUAAACUGCUAUGCAGGGCUGCUCAUGCCAGAUGACCAAUAUCCUAUCACAGCAGCGGCAUUGAUAGAUGCACUGGCUGGUGAGGGGUCGGGCUUUCUCUACCUGAACCGUGUGCUGGUGGUGCUUCUCCAGACGCUGCUGCAGGAUGAGCUGGCUGAAGGCUACAGUGAGCUCGACAUGCCCCUGUCUGAGAUCCCCCUAACUAUGCACUCUGUAUCAGAAAUUGCACGGUUGUGCCUGCGUCCAUGUGACGCACAUGGUGAGAGCGGCCAAGGCUCUGAGGUCUCAGGGCUCAUGGGGGGCUUUGAUGAUGUGGUGACCAGUGAGUUCCUGGAGAAGCUCGAGACAAUCGAAGUGUUUGAGCUCAGCCCCGAAGAGAAAGUCAACUUGCUGGUUGCUUUGUGUCACCGCAUUCUUAUGACCUACUCGGUCGAAGACCACGUGGAUGCGAUGCAACAACGCUCAGCUGAGCUGUGGAAGGAGCGCUUGGCAAUGCUCAAAGAGGUGAAUGACCGCAAGAAGGCUGAGAAGAAGAAGCAGAAGGAAAUGGAAAUGGAGGGCAAAGGUGAUAAGAAAAAAGAAGUCACUGUCAAGAAAGAAAGCAAAAAAGAAGUGAUGGUGGAGCCAGAAGACAUGAUUAGUUCAGUGAAGAGCCGACGGCUGAUGUCCAUGCAGGCGAAGAAGGAGAAGGAGGAGAUGGACAGACAGAACAAAGAGCGUAUGGAGAGGGAGGCUGAAGAGGAACGGAUGCGCAAACAGAAGGCUUCUGCAGAGAGGGCCUUUCAGGAUGGCAUCACCAAAGCCAGACUUGUCAUGCGCAGGACUCCUCUGGGAACUGACAGAAAUCACAACAGAUACUGGCUUUUCUCUGAUGUGGUUCCUGGUCUGUACAUUGAGAAAGGCUGGGUGCAUGAAAGCAUCGACUACAGCUUCACCCCUCCACCUGAGGACAAACCAGGUGAACCUGAGGGGGAAGAGGAGGAGGAUGGUGAAGCUGCUGCUACUCAAGACUCUCAAGGAGCUGAAAAGGACGAUGGCAGCAUAGAUGGUGCCAUUAGUGAAGGAGCCCAGCAGGGAGCAGCAGUGGUAGACGUCUGUAUAGAAACUACUGUUCCCAAACAGGGACAAAACCUCUGGUUCAUAUGUGAUAACGCAGCUGAACUGGAGGAACUAGUGGAAAGUCUUCAUCCUCAGGGGGUCAGAGAGAGUGAACUGAAAUUGAGAAUACAGAACAAGUAUCAGGACAUCCUCCACUCCGUCCAUCUGACCCGUAAGGCCAAAAUGGGUCUCAGGAACUGUGACGGCUACACGGAGCUGCUCAAAUAUUUGCGCAGCGAUGUCCAGGAAAUAGCUUCUCGUCUCCACAAGGGGGGCCUGGGAUACCUGGAGGAUAACGUAGACAUUGAAGAGCAGUUGAAAGACACCGAAAGCUUGAAAGACUUUGGCGAAUGCAUCAUCACCAUCCAGGCCUGUGUAAUCAAAAAGUUCCUGCAGGGAUUUAUGGCCCCCAAGCAGAAGAAGAAGAAAAAGCAAGAAGGGGGUGACAGCAGUAAGGCAGAAGAGGUGGAUGAAGAGAAGAGGCUAGCAGAAGAGGCCAGGGUAGCGACAGCGGUGGAGAAGUGGAAGACUGCUAUUCGGGAGGCCCAGACCUUUUCCCGCAUGCACGUUCUGCUGGGAAUGUUGGAUGCUUGCAUCAAGUGGGACAUGUCUGCCGAGAACGCUCGCUGCAAAGUUUGUCGCAAAAAAGUGUGCAGGCAAAGGACAUCUGUGGUGAAGCUGGUGGAGACUAGGCCCAAAUCCAGACAGGGCAGCAGCAUUCAAAGUGCAAGACAGACUAGUGUCAGGCAGGUCUACAUACAGAGUGGACAGCUCCCUAGACCAAGAGGGGAUGAUGAGAAACUUAUCCUUUGUGAUGAGUGCAACAAGGCUUUCCACCUCUUCUGCCUGCGGCCAGCCUUGUACCGCAUCCCUUCCGGAGAGUGGCGGUGCCCAGCCUGCCAGCCCACUGUGGCCAGACGUGGCUCCCGCUCAAGGAACUACAACCAAGACACUGAUGAAGAUGAGGAUGAGGAGGAAUCUGAAGAGGAUUCGGAGGAGGAAGAUGAGGAUGAGGAAGAGAAUGACUACAAAGCCAUGGGACACAGCUUGAGACCAAGGAAGAAAAACAAGCAGUCCGUACUUCGACAGAAAAGUUUAAAAUACAAAUCCAAGAAGCCGUCUGCUUCUAAUAGCCAUAGCAGCAAGCAGAGAGGUGGACCCAGCAGCCCUGCAGACAUCGAUGAACUGGUGCGACAGAGUUCCGUGUCGGGGGUGCGCAGGCAGGCGCUGGAGCUGGAGAAGUGUGAGGAAAUCCUAAAGAAACUGAUCAAAUUCCGCUACAGCUGGCCGUUCAGGGAGCCUGUUUCUGCAGAUGAGGCUGAAGACUACUUCGACAUCAUCAGCCAACCUAUGGACUUCCAGACGAUGUUGGGAAAGUUCGGCCAGGGCUCAUACCGUCACGGCCACGACUUCUUGGAAGACAUAAAACUGGUGUUUUCCAAUGCGGAGGAGUACAACCAGCAGGGCAGCGCCGUGCUCUCCUGUAUGGUGAAGACGGAGCAAACCUUAACAGAACUGCUUCAGAAGCUGCUGCCUGGCCUCAGCUACCUCCGCCGACGCUCACGCAAGCGCGUCGUGCAGCCUGCUGCAACCUCAGAGGACGAGGAGGAUGAGGAGGAGGAGGAAGAGGAGGAGGUACAGGAAGAGCAACCCAAGAAAAAAAUGCAGAAUGGUAAAUUGAAGAGGAAGAAAACCAGGGGUGGCCGGGGACGGAGACAUGAGGAGGAUGAGAGCGAGAGUGAGGAAGCGGAGGAGAUCGGACGGAGGAGGAGUAAGCGAACCUCCGCCACCACCGGCAGGAAGGAUUACAGGGAGCAGGAUAGCGACGGCGAGCGGGAUUCGCGUAGAACUCGUCAUCGGGGGGGACGGGGUGAUGCUGGAGGGGCCAGCAGCGACGAGGACCGGUCCAGCCAGCAGCGACAUUCCAAGAGACAGAAACGCUCAUGAAGCCCCCCUUCUUUUUAAAAAAAUUCUGUCCUGCUUCUCUAAAAGUGAUGACGAUCCCUCCACCACCUCCUAACACAGCCAGCAGGACUUGCUACUCAGAAGGACCGUUUUGUGAUUUUUUUUUUUUUUUUUUUUGUUCAUAUUUUUGAAAGAAAACAGGUUUAUAUUUGUAACAUGUUUAAUAUUGGUAAAUCUUUUUCCCCCCUCCCCUGCCAAGAAAAAUUGACACUUGGGAUACUGGAUAGGUCUUCAUAGCUCUUAAGACUCUUUUGAUUUUGAGUUCCAAGUUAAGCAAAACACAGUGUGAUUCUGACUCGAUGCUGUCCUGUGAACUGCUUCACAAGUUUCUUUUAAAGAAUUGUGCUCCCCAGACACCAGUACUGUAUAAUCAAAGGUUUGUCUGCAUUCAUUGCCCAGCCAGUACGUGGCAUUACAGCCAGGGUUGGAACAGUGUUUUAUAAGCAAGCUUAGCCGUAACAUGUUUGUUCCACACACAUUUGUUAUGAGUCAUUGUCUUAAAGUACUUGUUAAAGAGAAUGUCCACCUUGCUGAAACCCCAACAUCUUUUUUUUUUUUUUUUUUUUUUUUUUUUUUUCUUUUCUGUCCCCUGUAAAUUUCUCUUGUUGCUACACGUCUUGUCACUCAGAUUCUCUUCAGUCAAGUACAAGUUUGUAGAUAAACAGCCUAGAAUUAUAGCUGUAGUAUCGUUUUCUCGUUCCAGCCAAAGUUCAGCUUCACUGACUAAAAGCUGGACAAAGAGGGCAGGUGACCCGCAUCGCAUCGGUUUAAUGAUCCAAACCUCAGCAUUUUGUGCCAAGUCGUCGUCCUUGACAUGCAAAGCUGAGCUCCACAUUGUCCUCGUCCUCCUCGGCAGUGUCCUGUCACUUUAAAAGAACCGGUACCUCAGCUCCGUUUGCACUCCUCCUCCUGUGUAAAGUGCACCUAUAACGCCAGCAGCUGAUCACUGAAAUGAUGCACCAUUUGUAAACAGUGUUUGAAAUGGCACAUGUGAUUUGUUAAUUAAGAAAAUGGGCAUUUUUGAAUACUGUUUUUUGCACAUUUAUUUGGUUUUGUAAGAGAGUUGAUCUUAAUCACAUUCAAUAAAUUGAGGUUUAACCAGGGCUCUUAUAGUUCAUACCAACAACAUAUCCCUUUUUUUUUGCCAAAAUAACUUUCAGAGAAAUUGGUCCCUUUUAAAAAAAAAAAAAAAACAUGAGGAAGCGGCUUCUUGAAAGUAACUGGACGUUUCCCAGCAUGCCCUGCUCCCAUCACCAGGUGGUGCUCUACGCCUUAGAAUAGUCCUGUCCCAGCUAUUCCUAGUUGGGUGACACUGCUGUGGUCAAGGGGCAUGGUGACACGUGAUGCACUAUUCGGUGCUCUGACUGUGCUAUUAAAGGAGCGUGUUUGCUGGUUAUGUCUACACACAAGUCACACGUUUUUAAAGAACACCCACUGAAUGCAGAACCUUCCGCUGUGCAGGUCGUCCGGCCCAGUGUAAAUAGUCAGUGGUUGCUUUGCCCUUUCCUGUCUGCGCUGUUCUCUUGUUUGUUUGUUUUUUUUUGUGCUAAAAUGUUAUCAAGCCUUGAUUGAUUUAAUCUGGCUGCUGUGUUGUUUUUAAAUCUCCAUAUAUUGUUUAAAUUUAUCUUUGUGGCUGACACGAUUGACAAUUAAAGUCACUGUUCUGUUUGACUUUAGUGAGCAAGCAAACAGUAACUGCCCCUCUCUAGUGAGAACUGCCUGUAAAUGCUUUUUUUUUUGUCUUGGGGAAACUGCAAAAGUCUUUUACACUUUGUUUUUUAUAUAAAUAUAUAUAUUUAUAGUCUAAAGCUGGGUUUGGGCAGGAUCAUAGGAUUCACAUGUAAAGAAUUUCCAAUAAAGGCUAUGGACAAAGACCGUAGUUCUCCCUGUUUUGUAUUGAGCCCGCAUGUCCCCAGGUCAGCCAGCCAGACAACACUGCCAUCUGUAAACCUUGUGAUCAGACGCUGAACAGGGAGGAACACGGGCUAGCCGUGACCACUGACUUGUCUCAUUUUACUUUUUAAUAAAGCGGCAAACUUUUGUCUCA